AUCUCUCUUCAUCUUCUACUGCCCUAUGGGAUACUCUCAUGUCGCCCAUAUUUAUUGUUGGCCAUUGCUAUGCUUGUCCGAUUUCUUAUCACUGCUAUCUUGGCUCUCAGCUAUGUCACUCUUGCUUCCUCAGUUAGUUUCUCUAACUUUCCACAACUUUUUCUUCAUAUCCCCUUCUCGUUUUCCCCUUCUUUUUACCUUUGUUUGGUUCUCGCUUUAAAUUGAUUUUGUUGAUAGCCAUUGACAUUCUAUAGGUUUGCCUUGCAUACUCGUGAGUAAUUACCAAAUUCGGGUUAUUUGUUUCCCCCAGAGGAGUAGCAGUAGCCCCAGUUCUGUUACAAUCAAUUGGAUAAGAAAAAUGGUAUUUUGAUCUCAGUUUUUCACCCACUGACUCAAUCUUGGUAGUGGUGGGCUUGACACUUCGUGUAUCCUCGGUAUUGCUCCAAUUGAGACCUCACACUUUUCACUUGCUAACUAAAAUUACAGCUUGGCUUCUGGAAAAGGGUUACGAAGUUGUCUGUUUCAGUAAAUAUCCAUGCUUGGUUACUUAUUAACGGCUUACCCAAAUGCCUAACCCUGUGUGAUCCAGUGGCCGACAUCGGUCAAGAGGAGGACUUUGAAGCGGCAAAGGAAAAGGCCUUAAAAAUUGGAGCCUCCUCUGUCCACGUUGUUGACCUUAGCAAAGAGUUCGUUGAGAAACUCUGUUAUCCUGCCAUCCAAUGCAACGCAAUUUACGAGAAUGUUUACCUUUUGGGUACGUUAUUUCCCACUACAGCUUCUCGACUAUUCUUACGGACUAUUUAACGCUGACCAUCAAUAGGAACUUCUCUCGCCAGGCCCGUCAUUGCCCGUGGACAAAUUGCUGUUGCUGAGAAGGAGGGAUGCACCCUUGUUUCUCACGGGUGUACCGGCAAAGGGAACGAUCAAGUCCGUUUUGAGCUUGCGUUUUAUGCCCUGAAGCCAGACAUCAGGGUUAUUGCGCCGUGGCGUCUUCCUGAGUUUUACAACAGAUUCGCUGGCCGGAAUGACCUGCUUUCCUAUGCCGCGGAGGUUGGCGUUCCUGUCUCUCAAACCAAGGCCAAGCCCUGGUCCAUGGACGAAAACCUUGCCCACUGUUCUUACGAAGCUGGUAUUCUUGAGGAUCCUGAUGAGACUGCUCCGAAGGAUCUUUGGAAAUUGACAAUUGAUCCUCUCGAUGCCCCCGAUAUUCCAGAGGAUUUCACUAUUCAUUUCGAGAAGGGACUUCCUUCGAAGCUCGAGUAUGAAGGGGGCAAGGUAGUCACUGAGCCUUUGGAUCUCUUUUUGGUGGCCAAUGCCAUAGCCCGCAGACAUGGCAUUGGAAGGAUUGACAUUGUCGAGAACCGUUUCAUAGGAUUGAAAUCCCGUGGAUGCUACGAGACUCCCGGCUUGACCAUUCUCCGUUCUGCCCAUGUAGACUUGGAAGGCCUUGUCCUUGACAAGGAGAUCAGAGCCCUCAGGGAUCAGUUCGUUACCUUCAACUAUUCCAAGAUCUUGUACAAUGGACUUUACUUCUCUCCAGAACGUGAAUUCCUCGAGGAUUCCAUCGCCUCUUCCCAGAAAACUGUUAAUGGAAAGGUUCGUUGUCGUGCCUACAAGGGCUCCUUAAUUAUUCUUGGAAGGAGCAGUGAGACCAGCAAACUUUACGACAUGGCUGAAAGUUCCAUGGACGAAAUCGGUACCUCGUUCGCACCGGUUGAUACUACUGGAUUUAUCUCUGUCCAGGCAAUCCGCCUCAAAAAGCAAGUUCAUACCUUUUCCAUCGAGAAUCUGAAUACUAAUGAAAAUCCUUAG